AUGAGCAUGUUGACCACAGAGACCGGUAUUGUAGAUGAAGAAUCAAGCGAUGUAGGAGUGAUCAUAGGAAAGGUUGAUCCGUAUAGUGAAUGGAAGUCUCCUAAGUCAGGUCGUCUCACAUAUAAUUUAUCAAACGCCACGUAUACCUUUGAGAAUAAUCUAGAGCUUGUGCGCCUACAAACUUUCCUGAACUUCCCUGCUUCCGGUUAUGUUUCGACAAUUAAACUCGCUAAGGAGGGCUUUUAUUUUACUGGCGAUGGUGACCGUGUUGUCUGCUUUGCGUGCGGAUUUGAGAGGAGCAGAUGGAGAGGAGACGAUUGUCCACGAGAAAUUCACCGCCAGAUUUCACCAAAUUGUCCACUGCUAAAAGCAGGUCCUUCUAAUAAUGUUCCAAUAGGAGAUAUUCCGAAUGGUGCUAGUACAGAUCAACAUAUAGAAAACCCUUCUCAGUCUAGAAAUGUUCCAAAUGGAACCUCUUUGAAUAAUACAAACCAAACUAAUGCCAAUAAUGAAGGUGCUCAAAGGGAUAGAUGUUUAGAAAAUGUAAAUAACAAUGCAUCGGUUACAUUACCAGAGUCGGCACCACCAUACAGAGACAAUGCAACCGUCAUUUCCAGUGGUUCUUUCAACACAACAAACACCCCUGGGUCAGCAUUGUUAAAUGGUAGCUCCCAAGCCUCAUCAUCAAAACCAUCAUCAGAAAAUGGAGCUAAUGCCCUGCCAAAAAAGACAGAUGAACACAGAAACUCAACAAAAACUGAAGCGAACACAGUUCACUCAAGAUCAAGAAACAUACAAGAAAAGAUAAAUGAAUUUGAUUUAGAUCCACUCGGAAUAAACUUUCAACGGCCAAAAUAUCCUGCAUAUGCAGUGCUGGCAACAAGAGUGAGCUCUUAUAAAGACUGGCCCACUAGUUUGACGCAAACACCACGUGACCUCGCUACAGCCGGGUUUCUGUAUGCAGGGUAUGGGGAUUAUACCCGAUGCUUCUUUUGCGGGGGAGGACUACGGAACUGGGAACCAGGGGAUGAUCCAUGGACAGAACAUGCCAGAUGGUUUCCGAAGUGUGCUUUCCUGAGACAGAACAAAGGUGACGAGUUUGUUGCGCUGGUGCAAAUAGAACACCAAGAAGAAGUAAGUUUAUUGAACUUAAUCAUACAGCAUUUAAUAUUUCUGGGUAAACAUACUUAUUUUUCAAAUUAUAAUACUAAUCUUUGA